AGUUCGCAUAACAACUGGUCAGUUGCGAACGUAGCUGUGUGGACUUUUCAUAUCAUUCGUAACACAGCACAGUUUAUUGUAUAUUUCAUAUAUAUAAUAGCCAAGUCAGCAAAGAUGUCUUUGCCAUUUCUGCCAGGGAAUUCAUUCGAUCGUACUCUUGGAAAAGGAAAAUUUCAUAAAUCCCACCACUUUGAUCACUGUAACGAUGUGUCGUUGUUGGUCGGCGAGCACAAACCUGGUAUUGGCGGCAAAAGACUUUUAGGACAAAAGUCUAAGCCAAGACACAGCAAUAUCCCGAGAGGUGAAGGGAACGCAGCUCCAGCAUGGGUAGCCUUUGACCGUCAAGUGCUCUGCUUUGAUGCCUACUUCCAAGAAGCCGUCCAUGAGAAGCGUGAGGAGCAGUUCCGAAUCCGGAAUUGUAAGAUCUACUUUUAUCUGGAGGAUGAUUCCGUUCAAGUUACUGAACCUCAAGUGAAGAAUAGUGGUGUUCCACAAGGAACCCUGAUUCGUCGCCAUCGCAUCCCACUGCCACCUCCUAAUGAUGAUGAAUUCUACACCAUUGAGAACUUUAAUGUUGGCAAAGAAAUCACCUUGUAUUCACGUACAUUCAAAAUUACCAACUGUGAUCAAUUCACAUAUAACUUCCUCCGUAAACUUGGAGUGCGGGUAAAUCUUCCAGAAGAUACUCCAAGUGAUCCAUAUACUAAUCACAGGAAAAAUAUGGAUGAAACUCAACAACCGCUCCGUCCAUAUGAGAAAGUAGACACCCUGAAGCAGUUCUUGGACCAUGAUCGUCAUGUUCUGCGUUUCUUCUGCUAUUGGGAUGACAGUGAUAACAUGUUUGGAGAUUCACGCGAGAUGGUCUUGCAUUAUUUUCUGGCUGACGACACUAUCGAGAUCCGUGAAGUCAUUCCAGCAAACUCUGGACGUGAUGCUGCACCUAUGUUUCUACGACGAGCACGCUUACCUAAGACUGCACCCGAGUCUCUGCGACAACCCGGUGAAAAUACUGGUCGCACCGUACUCAACGUAUUUGGACCCAUGGGCCAUGGUGGACGCUACAUCCUUGAUAGUCUCAAGACUGGCGCAGUAAUCACCGAUUACUACACUGACAGAGAUCUUCAGAUUGGUUCUAUCGUUAAUGUGUGGGGAAGGAAGUUUGUACUCUGUGAUUGUGACAAUUUCACAAAAGAAUACUACAGAACAAAAUUCGGACUAACCGACUUUUCUGCACUCCAAUACAAAGGCGAUAAGCCGGGCAGAUACGAAAAGCAAUGGCCACCUUACAAUGGUUUUGGAUCUGAGGAAGAUUCACUGUGUUCAUGUAUGGGAUUAUUACCCAAGCCACCACGCAGAGAUUUCAUCAAAUUUAUGGAGAAAGACAGACAUGGAUUAGAUAGUAAUGUUCUGCGGUUUGUUGCCCGUCUUGAUACGACUAAACCAAUUGAUAUAGACAGACGAUUCAUCAUCUCCUACUUCCUGUCAGAUGAUAGUAUUGCUGUCUUCGAACCACCGCAGAGAAACUCUGGUAUAAUUGGUGGUAAGUUCCUAGAGAGAGGACGGAUUAAGAAACCAAACCAGCCUCGGUUCAGUACCAAAUUAUCAGAGUAUUUUAUGGCUACUGAUCUGUACGUUGGCAGCCGUGUUGAUUUCAACUGUCACAUUUUCAUCUUGACUGACGCCGAUGAGUAUGCAUACCGCUAUAUGGAGAAACACGCACAGGAGUUCCAAGUGGCUGAUAUUAAUGCUAUUCUGAAGAGAUUAAAGGAUGUGGGACAGGCCAAUGUGGAGCAAAUUGCUGAUUUCUUCAAGAGAAAUGACCCAGACAGUUUGGGAAAAAUACGCUAUGAACAGUUCAGAACCUUGCUACAACAAAUAGCUUCUAGCAGACUAACAGAGCAUUCGAUCGUUACAAUUGCCCGUUACUUUAGUGAUCGUCAGGAGGAUAGGAUAGACAUUACAGUGCUGGCUUCUAUUGCCCAAGAACAACUACGUAAAAACAACUUUGAGAAUUUUGCCAAGUUGAUUGAGAGUUUUACACAUCACGAUACUGAUGCCUCUGGUUACAUUGACCCAGAGCAAGUGCGUAGUGUGUGCCAUGCAUUCCAUGUGCCGCUACCUGAUGACCUUCUAAGAACUAUAAUAUCGAGAGGGGAAAUGAACGAACAAGGCCAGGUGAAUUAUUCUAGUUUCAUAAAGAUGUUGAACUGGCGAGAGAACCCAAUCACGAACGUACAAUACACCCAGCCACCUAUGACCUUAGACCAAAGCUGGUCCGGAAACAGCCCUAGUGAAGGUGUCCAGUUUGUCAACUAUGUUGCUUUAAUGCAGGAACUGUUUGGAGCAUCACGAGAAUAGAUAGAAAAUAUUAAGAUAGAAUAUGUGGAAUAUUAUACAACUAUGAAACAUGUUUUUGGAGUGAUAGUAACAAGAACAACAACAACAAUUUUUGUGGAUAUACUGUACAAACAAGUUAUAAUAUUUUCUAUGUAUUAAAAUUUGAAGACAUUAUUUAAAAAAAAUAAAAUUUUCCAUUUAUAAAAGAAGGCCUCUUUUUAUAAUUAAUUCUGUUGCAUACAUAUCUAGCAGUGUUUAAAAGUCAGAACAUUUAACUUUGAAAGUUGCUAUUGUUUAUUUUUGUGGGCCAGCUGUGUGCAACUUCACUGUUAAUACUAUUUUGUAGAUGAGUAUUUUUUUUACUGUAAAUUGUUUUUAGAAUGAGAAUUGGAGCAAGAUUGAUUGUAAAUAUGUUGAUUUUUUAUCUUAAACCCUCAAUCCAUGUGUACUGUAACUGAUAUUGUUAUUAUGCAAAUAAAUAAUUUGCUUAUA